AUGUGUUUCUUCCUCUGCAAGUUCCGACAAAAUUUAAAAAAGCUGAACGAAGAAGAAGGCUUAGUUAAAUCAAAUGUUUUCAAAGAAAAAAUGCUGGAAUUUUACAGGACGUGCGUUCAGUACCUGGACGAAUGGGAAGACCAUUUUGAGGGAAUUGAGAGAUUUAAUUGGAUUUCACUAAACAUAAAACCUACAUAUCAACUUAUUCAAGAAUGUAGUGAUUAUCUAAAACUUUUAAAGAUCUUGGCGGCACCGUCUCUUUCUACAUGUACUCCUGAGAGGACUUUCUCUUCUAUGAAACGCCUCAAAACUUAUUUGAGAAACUCCACAGGCCAGGAAAGACUAAACGGUUUGGCGUUAAUGUCAAUCCACCGCAGAAUUGAGGUAAUUGAUUUGUUCGCUGCAAAGAAAGCUAGAAGACUAAAUUUAAAUUUGUAA